AGAGGCUAAAAAUGGCCCUUGGACAUGAUGAAACCGAUGCGAUUCUGAGAGUCACUGCUGAGCAGGAACACACCCCUGCUGGUAAGGCCCCAUCAGGAUCCAGRAUGAUGGACCAAAGAGUGUCAACUCUAAUCACAGAGUAUGAGAAACAUGUGGAGGAAAUGAAAGACCAGCUGCAGUUUUAUCAGGCACAAAUGAGUGAGAUGAAGCUAAAAUUGGAAGAAGUCAUWAAGGAAAAUGAAAGGCUGCAUGCAGAGUUAAAAGAGCCUCUUGAGAAGCAACUGGAGGCUCUUCCUUUCAUGCAUCUGGAAACUGAUAUUCCUGCAGAUGACAGCAUAGUGAGAACACUCCAAGAGCAACUACGGCUGGCAAAGCAAGAAAAAGACCAAGCAGUGGAGCUCUGGCAGACGUUGUURCAGGAGCACGAUCGCCUUCAGCAGCAGUACCAGGAGCGCCUGACUGAAUCACAGAUUCAYGUGGCUGAGAAGAAAAGGCAGAAUGAUCAACUGACUAGCAUUCAUCAGUUGAAUCGGCAGCUGCACAUAGCCAAGGAGCAAAUAGAGUUGACCAAUCAGCAGUUUCUGCAAACUGUGACAGAGCAGAAUGUGGAACUAGAAGAGCUACGAAAAAAACUGAGGCAAGCCAAAAUAGAUCGGCAGGCAGCAAAUGCUAAACUUGAAGAAAUGAUGAAAUUGAAAGAGAGACUUCAGAGCCAAGUGGAGAGAAAGGAAGAAGACAGGAUAUCUGCUCAGGAGAGAGAAACAGCAUCUGACAAACGCUUGCAGCAAAUGCAGUCCAGUAUAAAACAAUUAGAGAUAAGAUUAUGUAUGACUGCUCAAGAAUCUGAACGGCUGAAAGCAGAGAGAGCAGUUCUGGAGGAGCAGAUCAGCGAGCUUCAGGCCAAGUCUGCCACUCUAGAAAGUGAGAAGUACGAGGCUGUUGCAAAAGUUCAAGAUUGCAUACAGCUCUUGGAAGAAGCUACCCUGGAAAAAAAUCAGGCACUCUUUGAGGAGAAACAGAAGGAAGAAGAGAUCAAAAAACUGAAGGAUGAAAUGUCUCAACUUGCAGAAGAUACUGCUGCAAGAAUAAGAAAGGAAGUAGACGCUGCAAAGAAGCAAUGUAACGUGCAGGUUUCUCGACUAACAGAAGAAGUUUCAGCUCUUCAGAUGGAAUGUGGAGAAAAACAGAGCCAACUUGAACGAACCAUUAGAGAAAAGAGAGCAGUGGAAGAGGAAAUUGAAAAGAUUUACAGGGAAUACAGAGAGCAUGAAUCUGACAGCAGAAAACUUGAGCAGCUGCAUCAGAAGUAUUUACUGGCAGAAUCUGCCAAAGAAGGCCUUCAGCUGAGUCUACAGAUGACACAAAAUAAACUGAAGCAACUGAAAAUGAACUCUGAUGAAGAGAAAUCUCGUUGCCAGGAAGUGAUCAAUAAAUUGCAAAGUACUCUGGAUUCAGAAAGACAAAAGAGCACCUUUGUCAGUGAACAAAGACUAAAACUUCAGCAAGAAAAUGAACAAUUGGAAAAGGAAAUGGAGGGUUUGAGAAAACUGGCAAUAGAGGUUCAACAAAAAGCUAAAAUAAAGAUAUGCACAAUGGAGCAUGAGCAUGCAGUGAAAGAGAAUGGGUAUGAAGCUCGACUCAAGGAGAUGGAGGACACCAGCCUCAAGUCCACUGCUGAGCUCAGACGUCUCUUGGUGGCUCAGCAAAAAGCAACAAACCGRUGGAAAGAAGAAACAAAAAAUCUCACUGAAACUGCAGAAGCCAGGAUCAAUAAGCUGAAAAGUGAGCUGCGUCAACAAAAACUCCGUAGCCAGGAGCUCAUUUCCCAGCUGGAAACRGCAAAUGGGAAGGUAACUGAGGAUGAGACCUUAAUAACAGAAUAUCGGGAAUACAUCGACAGGCUCCAGAAGCGACUGAGCCAGGCAGAACAGAGAGCAGCCACAGCCUUACAACAGGUACACAGCUCACAAAAAACAUUAUCCAAGUGUGUGGAAUAUGUAAAAGUACUCMUUUUCCAUCAGUCCUGAGGCAGAGGUGAUCAUCUCUGAGCAUUAUUAGCGACAAUUGUAACAAGCGGGGAUUUUGGUCGUGUCACCUUCUGGCAGGAUGCUUGUGUGAGAGUGUAGGUUUGAUGUGAAUUAA